AAAACACCCUGCAGCGGUCCAGACUGAAGAAACGUCGUCUGGCCCGCUUCCUCUCGUGGCUGACGGCGAUCCGCACGGCGCACUCGAAAACCUGCUGGACUCCUCGCUUGGUCAAGGACGAACACUCCAGCGCUCGUGCACAUGACGUCACCGUUUUCCCGGCGCCACAUUGCCGGUCAAAAAGAGCCGCUCGACAUUGCGGGGGACGUUGAACCGCAGCAGAAUAUUCACAAGGCCCGAGACCCGUCGUGCUGUCGCUGGCUACAACAGACGAGACAGUUCUAUGGAAUACGGGAUGAAAAGAUCGACGGAUUUCGCCAAUCGAAGGUGAUGGGUGGUGCCCGACCAAAUCCACACGACUGUGUACUCAUCGCUUCACUUCAGCUGCAAGAUUCCAGAAAAUUGGAUUCGCCAAUAAAGGAUGUAACCUGCCACAAACCACCGUACAGAAAAACCCACUGACUAGGCCAGUAGAAGACCGCUUGGAUCGUCAGAACGUCGAAGAGCAUGGAGUUCCCGCAACAGCAGAAGCCGGCGGCCGACGGCAAGAUCUGCUAUCCUCCCGGAGUCAAAGAGAUUACGGACAAAAUCAGCAACGAUGAGGUGGUCAAACGCUUAAAGAUGGUGGUGAAAACCUACAUGGACAUGGAUCAAGAUUCUGAGGAGGAGAAGCAGCAGUAUCUCGGCCUCGCGCUCCACCUCGCCUCAGAGUUCUUCCUCAGGAACCCCAACAAAGACGUGCGCUUGCUCGUGGCCUGCUGCCUGGCCGACAUCUUCAGGAUCUAUGCCCCCGAGGCCCCCUACACCUCGCAUGAAAAACUCAAGGAUAUCUUCCUUUUCAUCACUCGACAGUUGAAGGGACUGGAAGACACCAAGAGCCCUCAGUUUAACAGAUACUUUUACCUUCUGGAGAAUUUGGCCUGGGUUAAAUCCUAUAACAUUUGCUUUGAACUGGAGGACUGCAAUGAGAUCUUCACCCAGCUUUUCAAAACCCUCUUCUCUGUGAUCAAUAACAGCCACAAUCAGAAAGUGCAGAUGCACAUGAUGGACCUGAUGUGUUCCAUCAUCUUGGAGGGCGACGGAGUCACACAGGAACUGUUGGACAGCAUCCUCAUUAACCUCAUUCCUGCGCACAAGAAUCUGAACAAACAAGCGUACGAUCUGGCGAGGACGAUCCUGAAGAGAACCGUCCAGACGAUAGAAACGUGCAUUGCAAAUUUCUUUAAUCAGGUUUUAGUGAUGGGCAAGUCCUCCGUCAGUGACCUGUCUGAGCACGUCUUUGACCUCAUCCAAGAACUUUUUUCCAUCGAUCCUUUGUUGCUUACCUCCGUGAUGCCACAGCUGGAAUUCAAACUAAAGAGCAACGACGGGGAAGAGCGGUUGGCUGUCGUACGCUUACUAGCAAAGUUGUUUGGGGCCAAAGACUCUGAGCUGGCCUCGCAUAACCGACCUCUGUGGCAGUGCUUCUUAGGACGGUUCAAUGACAUCCACGUUCCGGUGAGGUUAGAGUGUGUGAAGUUUGCCAGCCACUGUCUCAUGAACCACCCGGACCUGGCGAGGGACCUUACAGAGUUUUUGAAAGUGCGUUCCCACGACCCCGAGGAAGCCAUUCGUCACGACGUCAUCGUCACCAUCAUCAACGCUGGGAAGAAGGAUCUUAAUUUGGUCAAUGACCAGCUACUGGGCUUCGUCAGAGAGAGGACGCUGGACAAGCGGUGGCGAGUCCGCAAAGAGGCGAUGAUGGGCCUGGCUCAGCUUUAUAAAAAAUACUGUUUGCACCACGAAGCGGGGAAGGAGUCUGCCGUGAUGAUCAGCUGGAUCAAAGACAAGCUGCUGCAUAUCUACUACCAGAACAGCAUCGAUGACAAGUUAUUAGUGGAAAAGAUCUUUGCCCAGUUCAUGGUCCCCCACAGCCUGGAAACAGAAGAAAAGAUGAAGUGUCUCUACUAUCUGUAUGCUUGCCUGGACACCAAUGCUGUCAAGGCUUUGAACGAGAUGUGGAAGUGUCAGAAUAUGCUGAGAGGGCUGGUUAAAGAGCUGCUUGACCUUCACAAGCUGCCGGUGUCUGAGGCCAAUAACACCGCCAUGUUCGGGAAGCUGAUGAAUAUUGCAAAGAACUUGCCAGAUGCGGGAAAAGCUCAAGAUUUCAUGAAGAAGUUCAACCAGGUUCUUGGUGAAGACGAGAAGCUCAGAGCUCAGCUCGAGAUGCUCAUCAGUCCGACUUGCUCCUGCAAACAAGCGGAGAUCUGUGUGAGGGAGAUCACGCGGAAGUUAACCUUUCCCAAACAACCGACCAACCCUUUCUUGGAGAUGGUCAAGUUCCUGCUUGAACGCAUCGCCCCUGUCCACAUCGACUCUGAAGCCAUCAGCGCUUUGGUGAAACUGCUCAACAAGUCGAUUGAAGGCACAGCGGAUGACGACGAGGAGGGCGUGACCCCUGACACGGCCAUCCGCUCGGGCUUGGAACUACUCAAGGUUCUGUCGUUCACACACCCCACAGCAUUCCACUCAUCGGAGACCUACGAGUCUCUUCUCCAGUGUCUGAAAAUGGAGGACGACAAGGUGGCCGAGGCAGCGAUCCAGAUAUUUAGAAAUACUGGACAGAAAAUCGAGACGGAACUCCCGCAGAUAAGAUCGACUCUAAUUCCCAUCCUACACCAGAAAGCCAAAAGGGGGACGCCUCACCAGGCCAAGCAGGCUGUGCACUGUAUACACGCCAUCUUCAACAACAAGGAAGUGCAGUUGGCUCAGAUUUUUGAGCCUCUGUCACGGAGUCUAAACGCCGACAUUCCCGAGCAGCUCAUCACGCCCCUCGUGUCACUGGGCCACAUCUCCAUGCUGGCGCCAGAUCAGUUUGCCUCACCAAUGAAGUCCAUAGUGGCCAACUUCAUUGUCAAAGACUUGCUAAUGAAUGACAGGUCGGUGGGAAACAAGAAUGGCAAGCUGUGGACCACUGACGAGGAAGUUUCACCCGAAGUUCUGGCUAAGGUUCAGGCCAUCAAGCUGCUGGUGCGUUGGUUACUAGGAAUGAAGAACAACCAAUCCAAGUCGGCAAAUUCCACGUUACGCUUGCUGUCGGCCAUGCUGGUCAGUGAGGGAGACCUCACGGAGCAAAAAAAAAUCAGUAAAUCGGACAUGUCUCGCCUAAGGCUGGCAGCAGGUGGCGCCAUUAUGAAGCUGGCUCAGGAGCCUUGUUACCAUGAAAUCAUCACACCCGAACAGUUCCAGCUGUGUGGCCUCGUCAUCAAUGACGAGUGCUACCAGGUGCGACAGAUCUUUGCUCAAAAGUUGCACUUGGCGCUCGCUAAACUGUCCCUGCCGCUGGAGUACCUGGCAGUCUUCGCCCUGUGUGCCAAGGACCCGGUGAAGGAGCGCCGCGCCCACGCCCGACAGUGCCUACUCAAGAACAUCUCAGUGCGCAGAGAGUACAUCAAGCAGAACUCGCUCACUCAGGAAAAAAUGCUCUCCUUCCUCCCGGAGUACGUUGUUCCGUUCAUGAUCCACCUGCUGGCUCACGACCCGGACUUCACGAAACCGCAGGAAUACGACCAGCUCAAAGACAUCAAAGAGUGUCUGUGGUUCAUGCUGGAGGUGCUGAUGACCAAGAACGAGAACAAUAGCCACGCCUUCCUCAGGAAGAUGGUGGAGAACAUCAAACGGACCAAAGAUGCGCAAUGUCCCGAAGACGCAAAAGCCAACGAGAAGCUGUACAUCGUGUGUGACGUGGCGCUCUUCGUCAUCGCCAACAAGAGCACCGCGUGUCACCUGGACUGCCCGAGCGAGCCCGAUAUUUGCCCCAAAUUCUUCCUGCCGCCAGACAAGGACUUCAGAAAUGACAAAGAUUAUCUGGCAGCAGACAUGCGACAAAUGUUGCUCACCGGAAAGCCUAAACCGGCUCCGGUGCUGGUGACCGUCAACAAAACUCUCACCGUACCGGGCAGGAAGAUCUUCAAGACUCAGGUCGUCUCGGAUCCGAGUAACGCCAGCACCAACUCGUCGCCGCUAAGCUCCUCGGCGGUCAACAAGAACAGUAAAAGCAUCACAGCCACAGAGUCGGCAGAGAGCCGCACGCAAGAAAAUAACGAGAAUCCGGUCGUCAAGAAGGUGGAGCCGAGUAAGAACGUCAGCCCCGACGUCGGGACGGAAGCCCAGCCCGUUAAACGGCGCGGCCGGCCACCCAAAAUGGUAACGGCCGCUUCGCCCGCGGCGGCCGGCAAAGAGGCGGCGCCGACGGGAGGCGGGGCCGGGAGGGGCAGGAAGAGAGGGGCGGAGCCCAACUCCAACCCGUCGGCGGAGUCCAUCAAGAUGUCCAAGCAGCAGAACGACGACGGGACAAAUCGACAGAUCGACCUGCAGAGGUAAAGAGUGGAGCCGCAAGAGAAUUCUUCACAGGCUCCCGCGCCGCCGUCGCCCACGUCCCUCUCGCUGACGUCCUCCCGGACGCUUUACGGACCUCUUCUAAAUCCAUCGCACAGACCUCCAUUUUCCCGCCACGUGGACUAUCAUGACAGCCUAGAAGGUUUCCAAACUCUCUGUAGUUAUCAUUUGAAGCUCAUUGUAUGUAGGUCUUAAACUUAUAUUCCCCCCCCCCCCCUUUUUUUUUUUUUUUUUUGUGUGUGUGUUUGUCUCGCUAUGCUUCUUUUGUGGAGACAUUUUUAAGAAAAAAACAAAAAAAAUCAUGGACAUUUUACAGAAAUUUUAAUCCGGUAUGACUAUUGCUUAUUAAAUCCCCUGGUAAAAAAAAAUCUUCUUGCGCGACUGCUCCCAUUUUUCUCA